AUGGCACGCGUAGUCGGCCACACUCCGUCGUGGCUCUCUGCUCCCUCGCCGGGCUUCAAUCUCUUCCAGCGCAACCCCGACACCAAAGCUCCGUCGUCUCUGCGCAAUCAACUCGCAAAGGCAGAAGCACGCGGUCCUACGCGCACCAUCGCCCACCGCGGAACCGAGGUCUUCGUCCUGGUCGGCAAUGAGAUCCGCUGGUCUGAUCUGGUCUCGCUGAAGGAUGCCGACAAAGAAGGCGACAACCAGUCCUACAGAGUCCUCAAGACUCCCGUCUCGACUCAGAUCAAGCAGCUCGUCGUCUCUCCCCACGGCGACUACCUUGCAAUUCUGACCGACCAUACCGUUCACAUUGCCGCCUUGCCCGAUUCUUCACACCUCUCCGUCCAAGAUGCCUCUCCCCUUCGUAUCAAGACCUUCCAGCUAGGCCCGACAGCACAUGUCCUUGAACAGCCUCCCGUCGUCUCUGCCAUCUGGCAUCCUCUAGGUCACCUGGGCAGCUGCUUGGUCACCGUUACCAAGGAUGCGUGUGUGCGUCUAUGGGAGCUCAACCGCGAUUCGCGCGCCUCUUUCGACGAGCCCGAGCUCGCUCUGGAUCUGAAGAAGCUCGCAAAUGCCACCUCUGCCGAUCAGGAUUUCAGUGCGAGCAAAUACGGUACCAGCAAGGGUUUCUCCCCUGACUCGGUCGAAAUGGAGGUCGCUGCUGCUUGCUUUGGCGCCAGGGCCACCUCGGACGAGCACGGCUGGUCUCCCAUGACCCUCUGGAUCGCCAUGACCGAAGGAGACGUUUAUGCUCUUUGUCCUCUGCUGCCUUCCAAGUGGGAGCCUACUGCCACCACUAUUCCUUCUCUGACCACUGCUGUUGUAGCAAAGGCAGAGGUCAACUCUCAAUCAGAUCCUACCCCUGAGGAACGUCGCAUUGUCGAUCAGCAGCAGAGAUGGCUUGCCGAUAUUGACAACCAGGAUCCUUUGGUUGUUUCCCACAUCGAUACUCUGGCCGAAUUCGAGGUUUACCAGCGUCCCGCCAACCCUCCUGCUGUUCCAAAGCUGCAAGGCCCCUUCUUUCUCAACCCUGAACCCGACUACGACAACAUCACCGACAUCUUUGUUAUCGCUCCCCGUCUCGAUGAUGCUGCCCUGAUGCAAGAAGAAGAUCAAGAGGACUUCCUUGGCCACGACGGUCUUUCGGUCGGCAUAGUGUGCUUGGCUACCGCUUCUGGCAAGGUUCACAUUUGUCUAGAUCUUGAUGGUGUCGAGGCUCAGUGGCUACCAUCCAGACGUGCUGCUUUCCGACGUCGUUUCGAUGAAGAAGAAUCUGUUUCUGAACUGCUUCUCGUCGAAACUUUGACCACUCCUGAGACCGAGACCUCAUGGCCUACCUUUACUUCGACCACCACUAGCCGUUACGGCUUCUUCCUCAGUACGAAUGAAGGCAUCUUCAACAUUUCCCUGGAGUCUUGGAUUGCUCCUCUUGAGGACGAGCUCAUCAACCCCAGCGAUUCGGGCGCUGCAUUCCGUCUCGACGUGCUGUUUGAUGUCGAGAAGUCCACCGUUGAUCGAAUCCUCAAACGUACCGCAGAUGCUGGAGCCGCUCCCGCUUGUGUCUCAAUAGUCGAUUCUGAUCUAGGUCACUUCGUCCUGACCGCAACCUCAUCUCAACCUCAAGCCGUAAUUCUCGAUCUCCCGUUCGAUCGAUCGCUCUACGCAUCAUUCGCUCCCGACGAAGCACCACUGGCCCUUCCCGCUCCAGAUCUUCGUCAACCAUACCAACCUUCCGAAGCUUUCUCUGCUUCCUCCGCAUUGCCUUCCUUCCUAGAUAACGCUGUUCAACGAAACACUCAACUCAGAAAAGCAGACCUAAAAACCCAAGUCCGCUUUUCCCCCGCCACUCUAGAUUUACUCACCGAUGCCCAUCGCUUGCUAUCAACCGAAACAAGCCGCUUGGGCGCCGCAGCAGCAGACCUCUUCCGUCGCUGCGAGCGCAUGCGCGCUGAACUUUCCGAGCAGAUUCGCCAAGUAGAUGAGAUCUCCAAGCGCGCCGAGGCAGUCACUGGCGACGAUGACGAUGGCGCCGGAGAUGCAGAGCAACCCCGUCUAGUCGGCAAAGAUAAAAUUGAGGAACGAAUGAACAAUGCACGAACGAAGUCCAAAGAACUUGCGAAGAGGGUGGAAGCUAUGCGCAGACGCAUGGCCAAGGAAUUGGGCGGCAAGGAACUGAGCAUCAAAGAGGAAGCUUGGGCGGUCGAAGUCUCUGCUUUGUCGAGCAGUCUAGGCGAAACCGCAACACCAUCUUCCAACGAUUCGGACGCCUCCACUGCCAGCCUCGUAACAGACGAUCUUACUUCCCGUCUCUCCGCCAUCAACACUUUACAACGCACCCUCAUCGCCCGCGCAAACGAAGCCACCGAACAGCAAAAAGCACUGCAACCGUCGACGCCAACUCGCCCCGACAACACUGAAGAUCAGGAAUCAUCGCAGGACUUGAGUGCUAGUAUCAAUCGCGUACCCGCCGAUUUCAGAAAGCAAAAGAUUGCGCAGGUCAUGCAGUUGUUGCAGAGGGAAAGCGCAUUGGUGGAUGCGGUGCAAGAACGCUUGCGUAAACUUGCCGGAUUGGGAAAUCUGUACUCUUCAUUAUAA